GUUAUUUUGCGCGCAAUAGAUGGCUCCAUAAAGUCAAUGGGUGCGUCAAGUGUGGAGCUUUUGGAAAUGAUUGAAAAUUGUCCACCGGGCGCAGAAACACUGGCAGCCAGAGUUGUUCACCUACUCACCGAGCGAAAUCCACCAACUCGGGAACUUGUAUAUCGAACAAGUAAACUGUACGCGAAGGGAAGAACUGAUGUUCGCACGAUGAUUCCCGUUCUCACUGGACUUGAUAAGGACCAAAUAUUAAACAUUUUGCCGAAAUAUGUUCUUGUGGCAUCGAAUCAGAAGUCCGUUCCUGUUGUGUUUCAGAAGUUGUUGGCUGGCCGAAGUGUCAAAACGGGUCUUCAUCCGAUGGGUGCUGGCGAGUUGCUUGUUGCACUUCAUAAAAUCAAAACUGCCAAUAAAGAGGAGGAUUCUUUGUUGUGGCAGAGUUAG